GUCUUAGUGUAAAAUUAUGUUACAGUGAUAACACAUUUUUAAGUAAACUGUAAAUUUGGCUAUAUAUUAUAUUUAAAAGAUUUCGAUAGUCAAAAGCAACGAGAAUUUUUUUAAUUAUUUUUGAAAUAUGUUGCCAAGAAAUUUUUAUACUUUCUAUUUAUUUCUGACUUUCAAUUUAAUAAUAUUUGCACAAGCAAAUAGAUAUCGUUUGCCUGACAAUGUAAUACCUCAAAGUUAUAAAUUAUUUUUAAAUCCUGAUAUAACUGCUAAAGUUGGAACAUUUAAUGGAAAUGUGUCUAUUAAAAUAGAUGUUUUAAGUACAACUAACAAUAUUACACUUCACGCAUCAAAUUUGACAGUUGACAUUGCACAUACAACUCUAAAAAAUGGAAUAGAUGAGUUUUUACCAAUAAGUCAACGAAUGGUUCUAUCUACUGAAUUUUUAAUAAUUAAUUUUAUAGACGAUUUGAAUCCAGGAGCUUAUGAACUUAAUUUAAAAUUUAAAGGAUAUAUACAUGAUCAUCAAUUAUAUGGAUUUUUUAGAAGUUCGUAUAAUGAUGAAAGAAAACAAAAAAUAUUUUACGCUUUAACACAUUUUGAACCGACUUUUGCUCGUCAAGUGUUUCCAUGUUGGGAUGAGCCGGCAUUGAAAGCAAAAUUCGAAAUUAAUAUUCAACAUUUUCCAAAUUAUACAGCUCUUUCUAAUAUGCCAGUACUUGAAAAAAUGAAUAAUUUAACAGAAGAGGGGAAAAUUUGGACAAAAUUUAAGAAAACGCCAUUAUUAUCAACGUACACAUUAGCAUUCGCAGUUUCUGAUUUUAAAAAUGUUACCAACAAAUUUGGAAACUAUACAGUUUGGGCAAGUCGAACUGUUUCUGACAAAAGUAUUGAAUAUGGUUUUAAUGUUGGCUUAAAAGCAUUUGAUGCUAUGGAAACAUUUCUCGGUGUUCCAUAUUCCCUUCCAAAAAUAGAUAUCUUCCUUGCACAUGAAUUUGAAAUGAGUGGAAUGGAAAAUUAUGGAUUAAUUAUUAUAAAACAAAGAAAUUUUCUGACGUACAAUACGACACGAACAGGAUAUUUUAAUAAAAUUAGUAAAAUUGUAUGUCAUGAAAUAAUUCAUCAAUGGAUAGGAAAUCUAGUUUCUCCUGCAUGGUGGUCGGAUUUAUGGUUAACCGAGGGUUUACCGACCUAUUUUGAAAGUUUAAUUAAUAGAAAGAUUUCUGUAGAUGGAAGUUCUGACGCUUUGACACAGUCUCUGUACUCAAACAUGUGGGAAAGUUUCAAUGAAGAAGAUCUUUUAAAUAAUCUACCUAUUUAUCGAAAUAUUAGUGAUGCAUCUAAUGUAUUUGAUAGCGUUACACAAUUAUAUAUGAAAUCACCUGUUAUUAUCAAUAUGUUGUCUAACAUCGUAACUAAACAGGUUCUUCACAGAGCAGUCAAGAACAUGGUGAAAAACUUUCAAUAUCAAACGAUAACAAUGGAUCAGUUCUUAGAAUUAAUUCAACAGUCAAUAGAUAAUUCCAAUUUUCCUCAAAUGUACGGAGAAUUUGAUGUAAAAGCAUUCUUGAUGCCUUACCUUACUCAAGUCGGCUAUCCAGUUAUCAAUGUUAUCCGAAAUAAUGAAACUAAAAGAGUAAAAUUAACUCAAGAAUGUGUUGUAUGCAAGGACAAAAAUUCUACUAAUCUUAAAUGGACAGUUCCAAUAACGUUUACAACACAAUCGUCUCUUAAUUUUCAAUUACAACAAACUAUAAAUUUUCUUCUUCCUUCGAAUAGAGAAUUAAUUAUAAAGGUUAAACCAAAGGAUUGGGUUAUAUUAAAUAUACAAUCAAUCGGCUAUUAUAGAGUUAACUAUGACAAUGUGACUUGGCAACAAAUAUCAGACUACAUGAAUUCAGAAAAUUUUACGAAUAUUCACGUGAAAAAUAGAAUGAAGCUUUUGGAGGAUGCUAGGUUUUUUGCAAUUAAAGGAAUAAUGCCAAUUAAUACGUUUUAUAAUUUUCUUGCGUAUGUCAAACGAGAAGCGGAUGUUUUUAUAUGGAAAAAUUUAAUAGAUAUUAUUAUCAGUGUUUUACUUUAUAAGGACCAUAAUGUAGUGGAUAUCUAUAAAAAUCUUGUAAAGUUAGCAUUGGAGAAUGUAAAACACGAUAUAAAAACUUUUGAAGAAUUAAAGGCUGCAUCAAAUGGACUUAUUUUAGAUUAUUGUUUGACAAGACAAGAUAUAUGUAGACAAAUUUUUCAUAAGUAUAACUGACAAGUACAGGCAAGUGCGAGUACUUCUAAUUCGAAGUCGUACUUUAGACGCAAAGUUUAGUGAAUAAGAUACUUUAUAAGAAAUUUCUACGGGGGCACUUGUAACGCUAGUAUUAAGACAAAAAGGCGAGUGUAAAAUAUAUAAGUU